GGAUAUCAGUGACCGCCCUCAAUGAACGCGGAGGGGCAGAAGCCUAUCACCGCGCAAGGCCCUUGCAAUUAGCACUUAUUUCCCUGGCGCCUUCCCUAGUUGCGGGGUGCCUUGUCGAUUUCGUAAGAUUUUUCCAACACCUAGCCGUGUGAUACAUGACCGGGUCGGUCGUUUUGGGGCCCUCAUGUCAAACCGCAGGACUCAUCGUCUCCUCAUUAAUUGUCCUGUAACCUACGGGUACGAGUGGAGUCGGCGGCCACCGCCGCCGCCGCACGGUUAGGUCCCUCACUACUGCCUCUGCGCUAGCGCCGCCGCCGCUGCCGCCGCCGCCGCAAGCUGUGUGGUGUGGGUGUCAUUUACCGGUGCCGGAUAAAAACCGUCGAUGGAGUUAAGCCCUUGUCGAAGAAAAUAUUAAUAUUUAGCAGCCUGGCUAGGUCAGGUGCCAUGGAAAAAAUGGAUGUGGAUGAUGAUACUGUUAUAGACCUUAGCGCAAGUAGUCGUCCAGCACGACGGGAUGCUUCUGGUGAUGGUACUUUGGAUCUUUCAAAGCCAUCUAACAAUGCUCCAGUUGUUGUCCCCCUCCCGCUUCAACUUCCACUACAACUCAGUGGCUUACCUCUCACUGUGCAAGCUGUGACCAACUCUCCAAGAUCUACAGCUUCUUCACCUAGCUUGGGGACAGCUUCUGUAACCCCAACAGCUGCCCCUGCUGUGGCACCUCCCUCAGAACCAGGAACGAUGGAACCUCCAGCAAGCCGAAGUUUACUCAGGCGAGACUUAGACAGCCAGUACCCUUCUAGACGGAGCUUACGUCCAAGACUUGAGCCCCGCAAUUAUGUCGAAAGCCCUGAUGUAAUAGUCCUGUCUGAUGAGGAACCAAAACUAAAUGGCUUUACUAAUGGAUAUGAAAGUGAUUCAAGUGAUAUUGGGGAAAUGCCUCCUCUUUUGCCCAUUAAAGAACUUUCACCAGCAGAAGUGGAAGAGCGAGAAAGAAUGUUACGCAAACUAAGGGAAGAGCUGAGGAAUGAAGAAAUGAAAUUGGUCCUUCUCAAAAAACUUCGUCAAUCACAGCAAAUGAAAGAGAAUAUAGCAGUCCCUCCCACAUCAGGCCUGUCUCAAACCACUGUUACCCCAACCGGGCCACCCCCAGCAGGUACCAAAGUUUUGCCAGGAAUGGUGAAACCAACUACGUCAACACUUGGACCAGGAACUACAAUAGACCGCCUUCCUGCUGCUGCACAUUCGCAAUCUCAUAUGAACACAACCCAAGCCCAUUCUCUUUCAAGAAAUCACCACAAGCAACCCGCUCCCAACGUUCCACUUCCUGUAAACAGAGGAGUUCCACCCCCACGAAGCAGCCUUCCACCCCCGCUACUUAGCAACAGGCCUUCAACGACUCCGAUUUUACCUCCUAAUACUACAUUAACUCCUACCAACAUGUCCAGAGGGGGAAGCAACCAGCACAGUGGAAGAUCCGGUCAUGGUGGAGUGAAUUAUGCUGUGAAUGACAGGCUUAGCAAGGAUCAUCACUCUCCUGUGGUUACUCCUCAACCGCUGCUUGGAAGUGAAAAGAGUGUCAGUACUCAAUCACAAGAGCAGGAUCGAAGCAGAGUUGAUGACAAUCAAACUCCAGCUCAACGUCAGGCUGCUGCUAAACUCGCCUUGCGCAAGCAGUUGGAGAAAACAUUACUUCAGAUACCACCGCCAAAGCCUCCACCGCCAGAAAUGCACUUCAUUCCCAACCCAUCUAAUACAGACUUUGUGUAUCUACUGGGCUUGGAGCAUGUGGUAGAUUUCAUCACUAAGGACAACAAGACCCCUCUCCCUCCUGAACCUUUCCGCUGCAGCCAAUGUAGCACUAACUUCACACCAGUUUGGAAGUGGGAGAAAAGCUCUUCCAAAGGCAAAGAGCCCAAGGUUAUAUGUGAAUCGUGUGUGACAACCAAUGUCAAGAAGGCCCUGAAAGCUGAGCACACCAACCGCUUAAAAACCGCAUUUGUCAAGGCACUCCAACAAGAGCAAGAAAUUGAGCAGAGGUUGGCCCAAUCUAGUAGUGCUUCACCUCAACCAGAUUCACAUCAUACUUCAUCUCAUGCCUCCUCCCACUCAACAUCCCACUCUGCAUCCCACACCACAUCCCACUCUGCAUCCCACUCGUCAUCUCACACCUCUUCCCACUCCUCGUCCCACACAUCUCAUUCAUCUCACUCUGCGUCCCACACCCCUUCACCAGCUUCCAAACCUGUAGCACAGUCUCUUCCACCUUCCCGUCAUGUUCCAACCCCUCCAUCAAACAACAAUACCCCGCGAACUCCUCCUCUUUCAAAGUUGGCCCAGGAGAACAGCAAGUACAGCAGCCAUCAGCAAGCUGCGGCAGCAGCUGCUCUUCAGCAGCAACUGCUUCGUGGUAUUGGAGGUGUUGGUGGCUUGAGUCAGCACCAGCUGUCUGCCCAGAUGCUUCAAUUCACAUUGUAUCAAUACCAAUUGGCAAUGGCCCAGGCUCAGGCUGCAAGUGCAGCUGGUGGAAAGGGUUCUGCAGCUGCAGCUGCAAAUCUGGCGGAAUUCCAACGUCAAGCUGAGGCAUUGCAGAGACAGUACCUCAUGGAGAUGAUUCCUCCAGCUGCUGCAUCCCCUUCGUCUCGCCAUAGCAACCAUCACAGUGCUCAUAGUAUGAAUAACUGGAAAACAUGAGGGUCGCUCGGCCACUCGGCCUCCUCUGCGGUCCCUGCAGAUCUCUUCUCUGAGGUCAUGUCAGCAGGAUCCAAGGGGCCAGUGGCCGCAGACCUUCAACGCCAGUACCUUCUGGAUAUGCUGAAUCCUCAGGCACCAUCAACCCAGCAGUCUGUAAGCUCAUGGAAAUCCUCAUCAACAGGUACUGCUGGUGUGCAGUUACCCCUCCCUUUGCCAAAGGAGUUUGCAGGAGUGUUGUCAAAUAAAGACUCGUUGCCUGUAGAAUUGCGGCAGCAAUAUUUAUUAGAAAUGUUAAAACCUGCCAAUUUGGCAGCACUGCGUUCUCAGCAACCACCUUAAGUUUUGUGAUCGCUUGCAGUAUUAUCAAGCAAACAUGAUGAUACACCUCCACCUGUAAAGCAAAUAUUAAAUUUGUACAACUGUCAUUUAAAGCGAGUAUGAAUAGUUUGACCUUAGCGGACAUCUAUGAAACUGCAUGCCGUAUUUACAUAUUAAAGUAAAUUAAACAUGUCACUAAUGUAAUUGAGCCUAUCUUGCACCUUGUCAGAUCAAGAGUCUACAAUAGUUAGUGUAUUUCUAAGUAUGUUCAAAUCUAUGUGUGUCUUAAGAAUAAUCUAAUCUUAAUUUUAACAUUUUCAAUGGUAAUCUGCAAAUGACUGAGGCAGUUUAGAGCUGUCAAGAAGCUAUCCAUCCAUAACCUCUCUUAAAACUUGUCUGGGGAAAAACAUAUCGGUUGCUCUUCUGACCUGUAAUGUUAGGGAAGGUAAUAGCAUUAACUUAUUAUUUCCUGUGGCCCAGUUGCAGUACAGUAGAUGUCUUUAAAAUAAAAUGCAGUCAGUGCUUAGGAACAGCUAAAGUUUAAUUAAUUAUCUGUAUCUUUAAUUAGCACUUAACAAGGAGGAUAGCAAUCUUUUUUUCUCUUCUAUAGCUGAAAGUAGUGCUUGUACUGUAAAUACGGUACUGCAUGCCAAAGAUGUUCCAUGUCCUACUUUUCCCAACAUUUGCAAAUUAAGAAGUUCUUGUUUUGUAAGAGUUUUUGGCAUGAUAAAUUUAGUUAAUUGACAUUGGCAUAGCUGACAAGGAAUAACAGACUGGUACUUAUCAAUUAUGAUGCAAUGAUUGAUGGACUGCAAGGGAUGUCAUUUUUAACCAGUGGCAUUGUUUUAGUAAAAUAAUAUUUUGAAAUUGGUUGUAGGUACCUUAUAUUGGUACUUGGCACAUUAAGACUUGACUCUUAAAUUAGACCACUUUCAACUUGCAUGGUUCUGAUUUUUAUGAGUAUUUUGAAGCCUUUAUGAUUAAUUUAAACGCUGUUGUCACUUUUCAUGUUAAGUCUAAGCAAACACGCAUGAGGUAGCAAUGUGCAUGGGUUUAUUCCUCAAUCCAUCAGAGCUGUGGCUACAUUUCAGUCAAAUUUCCGUGUUCAAGUAUCCGUGAUUGUAUAGGAACACCUUUGUGAUUUAUUCAUUGAAAUCUUGCCUUUAUCUUCUCUCUGGUCCACGCAUUUGCUGACAGUCACAGUUCUGAUGGCAAGUGCAACUUCAGUUACCUUUUUUUUUUUAAAGAAAUUCUUGCCGAAAUCAUGAUAGUUGUCCUACAACAAUUUUAUCUGUUGAAAAUAAGAUGUUUCUUGUUUUUAUUAUUGAGUGCACAAUCAUUACUUUUUAUUGGAGUGUGUUUCACAGUGCAAUAGCUCAAUUUUGGAUUUGCUUUUGUGGUGAAACUAAGUUAAGUAGCCCAUCUGUUAUGUAUAGACUUAUGAUGGAUAAUUUUGUAUAGACUUCUCUGCUUUGGCACCGUGGCAUGCGCUGAAUCAUUAUUCUUUUCAUGUGUGCAAUAUGCGAAUGUUUUUAUGAUUUUGUAUUAGAAUUAUGUUAAAGUAAUUUAAUUGCAUCUAAAAGAAUUUUUUUAAAAGCAUACAUUUCAUUAGAAGAAAUUAAGCUAUUUGCCUGUCUGACUAGGCUGUUAUGUAGGAGCGCAUGAUAAAUUUUUUUGGAUAAUGAGUCUCUUCAAUUGUUGAAGUUAGUGUUACAAGCUUGUUAUACAUUUUGUUUCAUGGAACAAAGCGAUAUUUAUGUUGAAAAAUGUGAGUAUGGCUAACCUGUCUCUUGCAAAAUAUUGUGGGAGUGUGCUUGUGGUCAUCAUUCACACCGGUUUGUUAUUAUUUAGCCUUAAGAUGUUUUUUUGAUGAUUGGAAUAUCUAUUUGCCAGCACAUUCACAGCGUAUUUAAUGAUAAUAAUAUAAUUAUGAGAAUGGGAGGAAUUGAAGAGUUCAAUCAAAAUGAUGGGAGACAGGUUAGUGUUUUUUUUUUAUUCAUAUUGAAAUCUUCACUUGAGUGUUGAUCUUUUUCUUAGUCAAAUCCAGUUUGUAUGUGUUAAUUUUGUUGUUUGAUAUGUGGUUUGUGUAUUGUCUCAAAUUUAAAAAAGAAAGCCAUCAUGUAACGGAAGAAAAUUGUGUGUAAUGACAGUGGAGGAUUUAUGUGGUUUAGCUUUUUAGCUUCUGCGUUUUUGUGUAUGGUGCUUACCUUUAGUAACAAUCCUUCCAUUUGUCAACAGAACAUGUUGAAAUUUUAUUAACCUAGUAGCUUAUUCAGGAAUAGAAGAAUUAAACCAAAGUUUAAGAAUGUUAUGUUGAAAUGUUUUAGUUUGAGUUUUUCGUUCUCUUUUUUUUUUUUUUUUUUUAAGUUUUACCUGGUAUUAUUACAUCUGUGUAUUCCUGUUUUAAAAUAAUCAUUUUUUGUACGUGAUAUUGGGGAUUUUGUAACAGUGAUAAGAAAUGUUUCUGAUUUGCUAUGAAUUUCAUUUAUUAUAUGCCUAAAUGUAUGAAAUAGAACUCAAUAUAAGGGUGUUAAUCUAGGUCUUCUCUGGGUCUAGUAUAGUGAAUCUUUUACUAGCUUCUUUGCUUGUAAAUAUUUGGUGGAAGUAGCAGCACUUGUCCCUUGGUUACAAAUAUCUGGCUCUUUUGGUUCAGUGUUGUUUUUUUUUAGCUCUGUUAUGAUUCUUCAAUGUUUCUAUAAUUUAUGUGAUGCACUGUGUGCUAGGAAACAGUCCUUUACUGCAUUGCAACUUUUUAAUAUUGUUCUGGAAUGGUUACAACAGCUUUAAUCGGGUGUCUUCAUUGUAUAGAAUAGGCUUCUCAUUUUCCUAUAAAAACUAGUCUAAUUAUUUUAUUGCUGAGUUUUUUUGAGCCAAUUUGAAGAGUUAUAGGGAAUUUCUGUUAUAAUAGAAGAAAAACGGCCUUAAUUCAUUUUUUUAAUAAUGUGUGAAGUCCAAAACUUGGCUCAAGGAUUCUCCAUCCCAUUUCUUAAACUUCUGUUAAUUGACACCUAAGUUUGAUCUAAACCACAGGAUUUGCCUACAGUUUCGUUAAAAACGUCAUGAGGAGAAAGUCACUGUCAUGCUAAGUGUAUCACAAGGGCAAAUUUCCACCCUGUGUCCUGGUUUUUAUUGCAUUGUAAUAGUUCUUUUAAAUAUCUGACCUAGGGAGAUGAAAUCAGAAGUAUCUGUGACAUGUUAAUAGCUCUUUUAUUGCUGGGCACUUAAGCAACUGUACCCUUUUGUCAUGUGGUGUACUUCUUCUCCAAGAUUUACCCAACACUUGAAUGUUUUACUUAAGAUUUCAUAGUUUAAAAUAUUAUAUGAAAUGUGAUAGUUGACAGUGAACGUAAAGCUUCAUGAACUGUUCUGUACAGUACAUCUCAGAAUCAAUUUGAAUAUGAAGGCCAAUUAUUGCCUCUUAGUGUAUAUAAAAUCUACUUUAUGAAAUUAUACAUAUAUGAACACA